UCUUGGUGAGACAUAAGUUUUCUUUUAACGAACGAUGGCGGGAGCCGAAUCACCAAAUGUAAAACCAGAACUGCCGAAUACAACUACAGAAAGUAGUAAUGAAAAUCCACGAGAACGUAAUCCACCCGGCGGCGGCGGAGGUGGAGGCGGUAGCGGCGGCGGUGGAAAUCGUGGACCGCGUGGUAGAAAAGGCGGUACGCGAUUUUCUGGUGGACGUGGAGGAGGAAUGGGAGGUGGAAACAGAAAUAAUGAUGGGCCGAAGAAAAUAUUGCAGAUGAAAAUGAGUGAUUCCAUGGAUGGAGGUAUGGAUAAUACCAUGAACGAAGGAAUGGGAAGUGGAAUGGGAAUGGGUAUGGGAAUGGGAAUGGGAAUGGGAAUGGGAAUGGGACGUGGCGGUGGAAUGCGCGGCGGCAGAGGUGGACGCGGAGGUAGUGAUAGAAACCUAGGAAAUCGUUCGCAAGAUGAUCGUUUAAUGGAGCGCAUUAUGGGUAUUAGUGGGCCAACUCAUGAUUUGCCACCUCAAGAAACUACAGAAAAGAAAUUUAGUGGGCGUAAUCGUUUGUAUAUUGGAAACUUAACAAAUGAUGUUACAGAAGAAGAGAUCCAACAGAUGUUUCAACAGUAUGGUGAAAUAUCUGAACUGUUUGUUAAUAAGGAGAAAAAUUUUGCAUUUCUCAGAAUGGAUUACAGGGUAAAUGCUGAGAAAGCAAAACAUGAAUUAGAUGGUACAAUGCGUAAAGGACGCGCGCUUAAAGUCCGUUUCGCCCCUCACUCGUCUACAAUUAAAGUUAAGAAUCUUACACCUUGGAUUUCAAAUGAACUACUUGAACGAGCGUUUAGUGUGUUUGGAGAAAUUGAACGUGCGAUAGUGAUAGUAGAUGAUAGGGGAAAGUCUACUGGAGAGGGAAUUGUAGAAUUCUGUAGAAAGCCAUCGGCUCAACUUGCAUUGAGGAAGUGUACUGAAGGAUGUUAUUUCUUGACUGCUUCCUUACGCCCAGUAGUAGUUGAACCAUUUGAACAACAAGAUGACGUCGAUGGAUAUCCGGACAAAAAUUUACCUCGAAAAAAUCCGGAAUUCUUUAAAGCUCGUGAUAUUGGUCCGAGAUUUGCACAAAUAGGAAGCUUUGAACAUGAAUAUGGAACAAGGUGGAAACAACUUCAUGAACUAUACAAGCAAAAAGAAGAGGCACUGAAGAGGGAAAUGGCAAUGGAAGAAGAAAAAUUAGAAGCUCAAAUGGAAUUUGCACGUUAUGAACAUGAAACUGAAUUAUUAAGAGAACAACUACGUAUGCGUGAAGCGGAUCGUGAGAGACAAAAACGGGAAUGGGAAAUGAAGGAAAGACAAGCGGAAGAGCAAAGAACACGUGAAGAAGAAUUACGAAGAAGACAACAAGAAGAAAUGGCGAUGCGUAUAAGAAGACAAGAAGAGGAGUUACACAGGCGUCAACAGGAAAAUAAUUUAUUCAUGCAGGAGCAAGCAAUGAGAGGCGGCGGCGGGGGUGGACUAGGAGGAAAAAAUUACGAUUCCGUCAGUAAUAGCGAUCGUGAUGGAUACGGUCAACCUGACGGUGGAAGCAGCAUGCCAGUGGAUCCAAAGUCUUUCAUGGAUGCAUAUAACAGUAUGGAUCGGGGUAGCCGAGGGGGUUAUAAUGACGAUCGUGGUCAAAUAAUGGAUUUGAUGGAUAUGAGGGUUGACAUGGGUAAUAUGGGUGGCGGUCGUGGAGGUAGUGGAGGUAGUGGUCGUUGGCAAGGUGGAAGUGAUCGAAAUCGUCAGGAUGAUUAUCCUAAUAAGAGAAGACGCUACUAAAAUGUCGCAGUAUUAUAACAAUUUUUUUUUUUUUAUAUAUAUAACUGUCGAAAAGAACGUUUUCUGAUAGUUCGCAUUAUAUUCUUCAAUCAUUUUUCCAACAUUUACUAUCGAUCAUCUUUCGUGUUUUAUAUCAUAGGGAAAAGAAAAUAUUAGCAUGAAUGAAUGAAUAGGGAGAAAUGAAAAGGGCGUAAUAUUUUAGAACGAUUUUAUAUCGUUCUUAUUCGAUCUGAUUUGAUAACAUUAUGAAUCAUUUGCUUAUUUUAUACAGAAUAUAAACAAACGUAAGUUUUGUAACCACGAUAAAAGUGAUAGAGACAUUAUUUUUCCAUUAUUAGUGAUACUAAUAAUAAGUUUGAUAUAUUGACGAAUUCUGUAGGUUGACAUGUUUUUCUUUUUCUUUUUCUUUUUUUUUUUUUCAAACAUAAAGCCUUAAAAAUUGAUACCGUUAAUGUUGACAAUUCACAACACAUUUAUAUUCUUUAGCGACUUCUAAGUGUAAAAAACAAUAUUGAAAUCGUAUGCCUUUUUUAUUUCAUAGAGACGGUUCUUCUCUAAGAAUAAAGAGAACUAAAGUUUGAGUUUAAGGUGUCACUUCAUGAAUUUUGUGUUAAUGUUCGGUAAUGUAGAAACAAAGUAUAUUCAUUGUCAAUUAAUAUUUUAAAUAAAAAAAAAAAAAAAAAGAAAUGAGAAUUUUACUU